ACGGAGCCCGACCCAAACGGAUCCACCGACCGACCGAACCAGCUCCCUCAAAAAAAAAAAAAAAAACUCCCCCGUCUCGUCCUCUGUUCGUGAGCACCGAUGUGCAGCCACUCCGGCGGGCGGCGGCGUUGCACGGCGACUCCAGCGGCUCCGGAGGCGCGGAGUCCCCAGCCACCAGGAAGCAACCGCAGGAGGCUCGGCUACUCCGGCACUACAGGCGCCGCUAUUGCCCCAGCAGCACGGGCCCGGCGGCGAAUCUGGCAAGCACGUGUGCCGCACCUCCGGCGACUAGUGUUCCUGUCCGACCAAACGGAUGAUGAGGCUCCCUCUGACUGGAAGUCCAGAAUGUGGACGAGAAGAAUUGAGCCUGAAGCAGUCGGCUCCAAAAGGACUCCCUCUGACUGGAUGUCCAGAAUGUGGAAGAGAAUGGUGAAGCAGUCAGCGACAUCUCUGAAUCCGGGCAAAUAUUCAGUGGAAUGCCCAAGGAAUGGCAAGGAUAUGAAGGUGAAAGACUGGCGUUUCUUCAUGUGGCUGGACAAGUACUUGGACAUGGUCGAGGAAAUUUGGAUGAUAAAUGUGCUCAUCAUGGGCAAUGCAUCUGCUCGCUGCGUGUCACGAGAAAUUCAGUGACGUAUUGAUGCUACGAGGGCUGAAAAUGAUGCUACAAGAGCCUAAAUUGAUGCUACAAGAGCUCAAAUUGAUGCUAUUAGGGUUGAGACUGCAGCACUGGAUCGACGCAUCGAGAAGUUGGCCGCCCAAAAUGCAAAGCUUCAGGUUUUAGUGUACUUUCUUUUCGUCAUUCUUCUUCUAGUGUUGCUAGUGAAGCUAGUGAAGUAGAAUGUCUGUGCAAUUGAUCGUGGUCGCCAUCCUGUAUGAGACUGUGCUCGUUCUGUCGAAUGGGACGAACAUGUCAGGCUGGUUGGUUCUGUUGAGAUAUAUAGAGUUUGGAGAGAUUGCAAGUUUACCAA